UUUAAAUAUAUAUAUGAUAAGUGUAGAUCAUGAUUAUUAUACUAAAAUAAGAAAAUUACCAGGAGGAGCUUAUGGUAAGAUUUAUUUGUGUAAAUUGGAGAAACCGAUACACAAUAAAAGAAUAUUUUAAUGGAUUCCUACUCCGAUCGAUAUUGAGACUCAUCCUUAACAUGUAGUAAUUAAAAAGUUCAAGCCUUUAAAAAAGAAGAUUGGCUUAGAUAUUGAUAGUUUACGAGAGGUAAGAUUUAUGAAUUCAAUGAUUCACUAAAAUUUAAAUAUACCUAAAUAAGUGUUUAUGAAAACAUCAAAAAAAAAGAAUGACGAUACAUUUGGUUCACUUUGCUUUGUUUAUGAUUAUAUGGUUUCUCUAACUGAAUUAAUUCAUGUUUAUAGAGAAUAAAAUGACUUUUUUCAAGAAGAAGAUAUUAAAUUGAUACUUUUCUAAAUUUUAAAAGGAUUUGAAGAACUUCAUACUAAAAUGAUAAUGCAUAGAGAUUUUAAACCUGAAAAUGUUUUAAUUACAAAAGAUGGAAUUUUAAAAAUUACAGAUUUCGGUUUAGCAAGAUUAUGGGAAGAUAAACCUAUGACAACUUAAACAUGCACUAUGUAAUAUAGAUCACCUGAACUCUAUUUCGAUUCACAAAGAUAUAGUCCUAGUUUAGAUGUUUGGGCAAUAGGAUGUGUAUUUGCUGAAUUACAUCUUAAAUAGCCAUUAUUCUCAGGUGAAAGUGAAAUGAAAAUAUUAGCAAAAAUGGUUAAUAUUCUUGGUAAUCCCACUGAAUAAAAUUGGCCGGGUUUUUUAAAUCUCCCUUAAGUUAUUUAAUUUGAAAAAAGAGAACCAAUGAAUUUAUUUAAAGUAAUCCCAAAAAUGAGUAGUGAUGGAAUAGAUUUAUUAUAAAAAAUGUUAUAAUAUGAUCCAAAUAAAAGAAUUUCUGUAAAGGAUGCAUUAAAACAUAGAUAUAUUACUUCUAUCAAACAACAAAAUCUAUCAAAAAAACUUAUGCAAAUUAUUCAAAAUAAAUUAAUGUGA